CGCGCAGGUAGCGCGCUGGUCCUCGUCUUGGCCAUUCGCGCUCACGUGAAGAAGAGCUCUCCCUCCCAUAAACACGGCCACCGAGAGCCAGGCCGCAUCUCGCUCAUUCCUGCAAUCCUACUGCAUCUUCUUCAACUAGCUAAUCCAAGAUCUCCAAGAACUCCAAGUAUCCAAGCUGACCAAUGGCGGCCAAGAUCUACAUUGUGUACUACUCCACCUAUGGCCAUGUGGCCAAGCUAGCAGAUGAGAUUCUGAAGGGCGUGUCGUCCGUCGAAGGUGUCGAGGUCAAGCUAUGGCAGGUCCCGGAGACUCUUUCUGACGAAGCACUCGCAAAGAUGGGCGCUCCUGCGAAGAGGGAUGACGUGCCGGUCAUCUCGCCCGCAGAGCUCGCCGACGCCGACGGCCUCAUCUUCGGGUUCCCCACUAGAUUCGGCAUGAUGCCCACGCAGUUCAAGGCGUUCAUGGACGGCACCAGUGAGCUGUGGUGCCUGCAGCGGCUCGCCGGCAAGCCUGCCGCAUUGUUCUUCUCCUCCGGUUGCCAGGGCGGUGGCCAAGAAACCACCGCGUUGACGGCCAUUACUCAGCUGGUGCACCAUGGCAUGCUCUUUGUUCCGGUCGGGUACACGUUUGGCGCAGGCAUGUUUGAGAUGGGGCAGGUGAAGGGUGGCAGCCCGUAUGGGUUUGGCACCAUUGCUGGGGAUGGAUCACGAGUUCCCACUGAGCUUGAGCUGCAACAGGCCUUCCACCAAGGGAAAUACUUUGCGGGGAUCGCAAAGAAGCUCAAGGGUUCUCCAUGAUCCACGGCCACCAAGAUCGUGUCGACAUGAAUAAAGUUGAGUUUAGCUCUGAAUCUGGUAAUUUCAUCGGUUCACUGAUUGUAAAAUGCCUAGUCCUUAACUAGGUUACAAUUGUUUCUGUGGCGACCUUAGGUUAAUUGUGCGGACCAAGUACUUGAGGUUGAAUGUUACUGUUACUAUAACAUUUGCUGUCAAGUCAUGCACAUUUCUGUGAUCAGGGCAGAAAAUCGGAAAAGAGAUCCUAACGAAAA